AAAUGAUAAACCAGUGAGUGAGAGCCUACACACAAGCAAAGAGUACAAUGCCUGGGACAAAUAAGUUUGAAAAGUUGAAGACAGGCAAAACUGUUCGACAGGCGAUAUGUUGUGUUCAAUAGAGACUGGAUUGACUUGGAUGGUGAGAAACGGACUACUAAACUACUGUUUGUCUACUGAACUUAUUCAGCACUGAUGCUGUGGUUUCAGAUCACGUGUUCAUGGGCUGUUUCUGUCAGCCAUUCAUUUACAGGAGACACAUGACACAUUUCACACGUUGGAGUUGGCAGCAGUUCAUCCUCUGUGAAGUCCAUUGAAGUAGACCAAAGUGAUAUCUGGCUGGCACUGGCUGCAGUUAGUCAUCAUCACUCAGCAACAUGUAGUAGUGCGAGUUGGACAUCAGUCAGGACUGGAGCUGGAUCUGGCAGGCUAUGAGCUAGACACACAAACUCCAACCCUCAAGCUGAAAAACAACGUGUGUGUGCAUGGAUGCAACUAUGUCAGAAGACACAUUUUGGGAUUUUCUAAAGGAUAUUUUAAACAACCAAGUUUUGAUUGACCAUCACUGUAGAUCAUGGAUGUUUCGGAUUCUUAGACUCUGAGAAACUGUAAGAAAACGAGUUAUUUCGUAUCUACAGCACAAUGCAAGAUGAACUCAACACACAAGAUGAAUAAUAUAGGACAUUUGUAGAGUUUUAGGAUUCUCAAAUUUCUGUCAAAUGAGAGGAAAAUGAGUGCCAAUGACAUCUUUUGCAAUGAGACAAUCGAGCACCAAAGAAUAUCAAUAUAUCAGCAUCGGAUUUAUGCAAUCUUCUACACGGUCAUUCUCGUACCUGGGUUGAUCUGCAACAUUCUUGCACUCUGGAUUUUCCAUGCCUACGUGAAGGAGACAAAGAAAGCUGUAAUAUUCAUGAUCAAUCUGGCCAUCGCUGACCUGCUGCAGGUGUUGUCAUUACCUCUACGCAUUUACUACUAUCUCAACGAGUCAUGGCCUUUCGGUCAGGUCGCUUGCAUGGUCUGUUUCUAUUUGAAGUACGUCAAUAUGUAUGCCAGCAUCUUCUUCCUGGUGUGCAUCAGCGUGAGACGCUGUCGACUCAUUAUCCACCCGUUGCACUGCGGUGCAACAAAGAGACGGCAGGAUCGUAGCUUGUGCAUUGCGGGGUGGUUUUUCGUGUGUUUAGGAUGCUUACCGUUCCCUCUUCUGAGAAAAAACCCAUCCAUUCCUGAACACUGCUUCUCUGAACUACCAAUGAUGCAACUGAGCAAGGUAUUAGGAGUGUCCCUCAUGACGUUUGCAGAAAUCUUGGGUUUUCUUCUGCCGUUGGCUGUGGUGGUCAUUUGCACGUUAUUUACCGCAGCAAGUCUGCGUGAGAAAUCCUGUGUUCUGCAAGACGCUGGGGAAAAACACAAGGCUCUGAAGAUGGUUUUAAGCUGUGCCACUGUGUUCCUGGUCUGUUUCAUGCCCUAUCACAUCACUUUCCCUUUAGACUUUUUAGCCAAAUCCAAUUUUAAUGUUAGUUGUGCGUUUAAGAGUGCCGUGCUUCAUAUACAUCCCAUCACACUGUGUCUGGCAAGCUUGAACUGUUGUCUGGAUCCAGUCAUGUACUACUUUACCACUGAUGAAUUUCAGCGCCGUCUGUCCAGGCCAGAGUUGCAGGAUAGUUUGCAGCUUCACCACAGGAUAUCUUGCUCAACAAAUUAGGCUACGAGGUCCAAGCCGGAAGAGUGAAGGACAGACCGAGCUCAUAGGAAAUAUUCGAACAACAACCUUCCUUAUCUAUAUUGGGAAUUAGCUGAACUUUAAAACCUCUUUUGCUAAGAAAUGUGAAUGUUCAAGCUGCAGAAUUUUUAUAAAAUUGUAAUAACCUUGACAAAGGACAAAAACAUGCACUAAAGGUUAAAAUAUUACAGGUAUUUGCAUAUGGAAGAAUAUUCAUAUCUAAAGUCUUUGAAGCAUAAAAGCAUGUUGAAUUGCUCUAAUAAAAAAAAAAAAAAAAUGCAUUGUAUUAUCAGUGCUUGCAUUUAAUUGCGUCGAAUUUACAGUGCUUGCAUUUAAAUCCGUUGUAUUUACAGUGCUUGCAUUUUGGGAGGCUGAAUUUUAACAAAGUUGUAUUUUUAAGCAUUGUAUAUUUCAUUUAAAACAUUUCACAAUUAAUUUCAUUAUUAAAAAUGAAACAAUAAAUAUUCACCUUCUAAAGUUUGUUUCUAAAAUAUUCAGUUCAUUUGAAAAUACAAUCUAGAUUUUUCGACAAGUAAAAUUCAGGCCUUAUAUUUUGCUUAACAAAAUUUGCUUCCUCAAAUUCAGUGGUUCAAGUUAGAUUGGAAAUUCAAACUUCCACAUCCGGGAACUGCAGGAAAAGCAGCAGAUUAUUGAUGCACAAUCUCAACCUGGUGCUAUUAGUUCUCACCAGUAGGUGGUAAAAUGUGAUCGGGUGUUGACUGCUGAAGACCAAAGCUACAGGUACAUAGAACAGCCAUGUGCAUUUUUGAAAGUUUGUUUUUCAAAAUUGUUCGUGGGUAGAAAAUAGAUCCUCAGCACGCUCGCUUGCCCCGGUU